GUGGAUAAAGAAGGACUUAAAGCAACCACACGUGUAGCGCUGGACAUGACUACGCUCACAAUCAUGCGCACGCUCCCUCGCGAGGUAGAUCCGUUAGUUUACAAUAUGACCUCAGAAGACCCAGGUAUGUGUUGUUUCAGAUUGAUUGUACGGUGUGACUAG